AUGGCCCUAAACCUUGAAAAACAGCUUCUUUUCUAUGGCGCAUACCAUAAUAAUCCAGUAAACGUUGCGAUUCAUAUAACAUGUGUGCCGAUACUCCUAUUCACUGGCAUCGCGAUGGCCUCAAACUCCCCUACCCUUAUCAAACUCCCUGAAGUCCUCCAGUUUGAAAAUCUACCGCCCAAUGUUGGAACGAUCGGAGCAUUCGUGUACUCCACCUUCUACAUCCUUUUGGAGCCGGUUGCAGGGGCCAUCGUCGCGCCAUUUAUAAUCGGUGCUGCGGCGCUUGGCAACCAUCUCCUUGCGACAUACGGGAUGACAGCUAACUACUGGUUUGGUGGAAUCCAUUUUGUAUCCUGGAUACUGCAAUUCAUCGGCCACGGCGCCUUUGAAGGUCGUGCCCCGGCUUUGCUGGACAAUCUGGUCCAGGCUUUGCUGCUCGCUCCUCUCUUUGUUUGGAUGGAGAUUCUCUUCUUCUUCGGCUACCGUCCCGAAUUGAAGGCUCGCUAUGAUGCCAGCGUGGAGAAGGAGAUUGCCGCUUUCAAGGACAAGAGUAAUAAGAAGGCCGCGAACUGA